UCCAAACGGAUGUCAAGUUUUGAACGAAACCAUUCUACAAAUAACAAAUUCUUGCUUGUAUAUAAAUAGUGUACCUCAAUGCAAUUCUCAGUGGUGCAUAUUUAGAACACAUUGAGAGUCUCAAACAUGCAAUUUUCUACCACCAAAGAUUCAGAGUUUGCAUAUUUAGAACACAUUCAACAAUACCUUCUUCACGAUAAUGAUUUCAACAUCCUUGCAUCACAUCAAAAUAUUCAAAGCCCAAACAAUAGUUCAAACACAACUGCAUCUCCACGUGAAGUGCACGCGCCUCCCACGUGGAAGCGCUACCGUGGUGUGAGGCGGAGGCCGUGGGGGAAGUUUGCAGCUGAGAUCAGAGAUCCGAAGAAGAAUGGAGCUAGGGUUUGGCUUGGAACUUAUUUGACCGAGGAGGAAGCUGGUAUGGCUUACGAUAAAGCUGCUUUUAAGAUGCGUGGCCACAAGGCCAAGCUCAAUUUUCCUCAUCUUAUUGGCUCUGACGUGUAUACGUCUGGGCCAAAAAGGGAGACGACUUUGAAACGGGAAUCCUCGAAGCUCUCUUCAUUAUUAGAAGAUAGCUCCGAGUCAUCAUCACAAGGGUCAAAGAGGAAGAGGAGCAUGGCUAAUCUACUUAACAAGUUAGCCAAGAAUAGAAACCAAGCUAUGGUGGUUGAAAGUGAAAUGGUCUCACAAGAAAAUGCUGUUAACCAAUGGUUGAAUGAUUUCUCUCUACUAUGGUGCUCUUAAGUAGCUUGAGUACUUAACUGUGUGUGUUUAUUUAAAAUUUUCUAUUUCAGCAACUCUAAGCUUUAUAGUUUUUGCUGUGAGUACACAGCUCCUACAAAUAUGUUUAAGAUGAUUUUUGUAUCACCUUGAUGAAAUUCAAUGAGUGAUGUUUAAGCAAAACUAGGACUAUAUUGUAAUUUUUACAGUUGGGCAUUUCUUUGGAACUGCUCUUAAUUGAAGAAAAUAAUGUUUAAGAAUGCAUAAUUUUAUUUGGAUA